CGAUAAGCGUCCCCAUGCGUCGUCAGCUCCCCAAAGCUGGCGUGCGCUCUUUUGAGACAAUGUAGAGCUCUAUAUAGAGGCUCAUUGUGAGCCCAGCUUCACUCCUAUCCUCAUAUUAUAAUUUUUGAUCUUAGCCAAGAUGUUGUUCACCAACAUCUUCACAGCUUCGAUCCUCUUAUCCUCAGCCUCAUGCCUACCGUCCUCACAAUCUCCCCUCGAAGAGUCUGUCGCAAACGAUAAUGGCCCCUCUCCGAAGUACGCAUGCGAAAAUGCUCAGCAUGUCUUCAAUGCCAUUCAUGGGGCUAUGCGGCAAUGGGAUUCUUCGUUGAAGCACAAUGGCAUGUCCUAUUUCGCGGCUACGAUUCCGAAUAAUACUCUCCUAUAUCACGGCACAGGUUCAAAGGAACCAGUGAAGACUAUGGAAUGGUUGGCAUUCGAGAUUGAGCAUGCGGAGAUGUUUGCUCGGGGACGGAGAGGUGGACCUGGCAGAGGCCCUGGUAGAAGACCACCAGGUGAAGGACCUCCUGGAGGGGGCGAACCUGGAAAUGGAGCGCCACCGCCUCCCUUUACAUUCAUGGAGGAGGAUAGCAAUGCCGCAGAUGAGAAUUUAGAACAGCAUGGUUACCUACACACAUACCGUACCUCUCGAGCUCUGACAAAGCUUCUAUACCUCGACGGUAUGUCUGCGGGCAAGACCUCGAUGGGCACACUCGAUACCCAGGAUCUCGUCCUAGGCGACCCAUCCAAAUCGCCAGGCUCAAACCCGAAUGGAGACUACGGACGAGCUCAAGUCCUCUGUGCCAUCGGCGCCGAAGCCGGCAUCGAAGGAUUUAUUCGCAUGGAAGCUGGUUUCGAACUCAUUCUCUGCAACUUCACAGACGGUCUCGAAUUCGUCAGUGCCUUUUCACGACCCGAUCAGAAUAGAGGACCAGGACCAGGAAUGUCUGAGAUGGCUCAAUUUGAAUACGUGCGUGGUGUAGCAGCACGAUAUCAUGGAAUCGGCGGAGGUCGAGUAGCAGUUGACUAUUCCUCCAUGGUAUCAGCCUUCUUCUACAACCUCAACCUCACGAACCCCGACCCCAAGAAAGCCGACCUCCCACGCCUAACCUCCACCAACCCCUCCGAGCGCGAACACAUAAAAUCCGACGUCAUCUCUCUCUUCUCUCCUACCAAUUCCCAACAUACUGUCAUUGACUGGCAAGGCAUCACAGACAUGAUCAUAACCCGCUACUCCGACCGUCUCCAAUUCCUCGCCUCCAACAACCUCACCAAUAGCACCAUGCUCUCAGAAAUCAAUUUCCUGCUAAAUGUCUACAUCGACUACACGAACCCCACUAUCUCGACCGCCAUCGAGAAAUGCACAAAUAUAUACCUAACCCCAGCCAUCCCAGCCACAAUCGCAGACCACCUCAUCCACGCCUCUCUCUCCGCCGUAUCCCGCCAGAUCUGCUCGACCCUAUUCGAAGUCCGCACGAUCCUACUGUCCGAAAGCACUGAAGCGGUAGAGAAGGUGAAUCAGGCGGUUAACGACUUGAUCGAGUACCUCGAUUGGCCGGUCUGGUUGGAGUGUGGGAAGUGUGCGUGGGAUGAGGUCUGUUUUGUGGCCAUCUGGCCGUGGGGCGCGCCGGAGGAUCAUGAGAAGCCUGGGUGUAGGGGUUUCGAUGAUUUGAGGAGUAGGAGGGGGUAUUGGGAUUUUGGAGUUUAUGAAAUAGGUUUCGGACUCUUAAUUUGCGGUAGAGAGAUGUAA